AUGCCGGCCCGCCAAGACCAUACCCCCCGCAUCACCAAAUUCACCAACUGCCGCAUCCUCAAGAACAAGCAGCUCAUCGAGCAGGAUCUCUGGAUCGACUCUGUGUCUGGCAAGAUCCUCAAGGACCAGGAGGCCUUCUACGAGCUGAAGCUGUCGCCCGAUCAGGUCAUCGACCUCAAUGGCCGCAUCCUGUGUCCGGGCUUCAUCGACGUCCAGCUCAACGGCGCCCAGGGCUUUGACUAUUCGGUGCCGCGUGCCACCCGCGAGGAAUACGAGGCUGGUCUGCUGGAGGCGAACCGGGGGCUCGCGCGGACGGGCGUGACGUCGUAUCUGCCGACGCUGGUCAGUUCGACGCCUGAAGUCUACUGGAAGGUACUUCCAUCCCUGGCUCCGUCCGGAGCCGCUCGUCGUGCGGAAGAUGGUGCAGAGUCGUUGGGAGCCCACGUCGAAGGACCGUUCAUGAGUCCCGCGCGGAAUGGCAUCCACAAGCCAGACGUCCUGCGGGCCGCGACCAACGGCUUCCAGGAUAUCCUUGACUGCUACGGAGCGGAGAACGUGCCGCCGGCAAAGAACGAAGAAGACGCUCCCGUCAAUGGGGACGCGCCCAAGAGACAACCUGCGAUCAAGAUGAUCACGGCCGCCCCGGAGGUGGGCGGCAUGCUGUCGAAUAUCCGGGAGCUCGUGUCGCGCGGCGUCAUCUACUCGAUCGGGCAUUCCGAUGCCACGUAUGAGCAGGCGCUGGCAGCCGUGGGCCAGGGCGCGACGAUGGUGACGCACCUGUUCAACGCGAUGCGGCCGUUCUACCACCGCAACCCGGGCAUUUUCGGGCUGCUGGGCCAGAGCGAGCAGCCCAAGCCGUUCUUCGGGGUCAUUGCGGACGGCAUCCACCUGCACCCGACGACGAUCAAGAUCGCGUACAACGCGCACAGCGAGGGGCUGAUUCUGGUGACGGACGCGAUGCGGCUGUGCGGGCUGCCGGACGGGGUGUACGAGUGGACGAACGGCGAGCGGAUCGUCAAGACGGGCGCGCGUCUGACGCUUGAAGGCUCGGACAAGAUCGCGGGGAGCUCCGCGACGCUGAUCGAGUGUGUCAACAACUUCCGCCGCUGGACGGGCGCGACGACGGGCGAGGUUCUGAGCGCGGUGACGGCGACGCCGGCGCGGAUGCUGGGCCUCGAGGGGGUGAAGGGCACGCUGGACAGCGGCGCUGACGCUGAUCUGGUGGUGCUGGGCGAGACGAUGGACCCGUACAGCGGGGCGACCCUGACGGUCGACCAGGUGUGGAAGUUUGGAGUGAAAAUCUACGACAGCGGUAGCCAGAAGGGUUUAUAA